GACGUAAUGAGCUAAUGACGUUUUUCGUCUUUUCUUCUCUUCAGUAAUAAUGGCGCACCUGCAAAAGGUGCAUAGUUUUCUGUAACGUAAGUUCUAAUGUGAGGUGGAGUGAAAACAAGGUGAUUUUUAAUGCCGUACCGCAGGCGCUUCUCCGCUAAAAUGCCGGACUUCGACGACGAGGUGACCGUCGUCGAUGUUUACGAUCUGGCGUCGGACAUUGGAAAGGAAUGCGAAAUAAUAAUCGAGAAAUACGGCCCCGAGGCCGUGACUGCUCUGUUGCCGAAAGUGAUUAACGCACUGGAACUGUUGGAAAACUUGGCCGUGCGCAACGAAAAGGAGAAUCAGGCUCUCCACGAGUUGACGGCGAAGAUAUCACAGUUGGAGAACGACAAGAUCGAGAAGGCGGAGUACAGACAGCGCUUCGAGAAGGAAAUAGAAGCAAUCGAGGAGCAAUGGCGGACGGAGUCAGCCGAGCUGGUCACGGCGGUCGCCAGGCUCCAGGACGAGAACAAACGCCUGCGGAGGACUGUCAACUCGCCCGCGGACGGUGAGUUCUGGAAAUGUACCAGCGCCCCACCGUCGCCGGCACGGGAGCACGACCAGGAGGUGCUGUCGCGGCUGAGCAGCACGGCUGAGAAGCAGCGCUCCACGCUGCGCCACCAGGAGCUGCAGCUGCAGGAGAAGCAGCAACUUAUUGAUAGUUUGACGAGUCAAGUGGAGAAAUUGGCGCAGGUCAGCCGCGACCUCCGGCGGAAACAUAAGCAGUUACAGAAUCAGAUGCGCCUCGUAUGCGAGGAACGUACGGAGUUGAGCGCCAUAGUGCAUUCCCAACAGAGGGACAUCACCGCGUUACAGCAGUCCGAUGCAAAUAACAAGAAGUGCACUUCGUGCGGGGUGGCCAUUCCCGAAGGCGGGGACGAUGAGGAUCAAUCAUUCAAACCUACAUUCAGCGUGCGCGAAAUGCGCGCCAUACUGCACGAGCGGAACGAGUUGAAGUUCAAACUGAACCGCGCCGAGGAGCAGCUGCAGGCGUUGCAAGCUGAGCCUUUACCUGACAGUAGCUCAGAUACAUCGCCGUCAAUGAGCACGGCGGCGGCUGAGGAGGACGAGGCGCCGGUGCAGGGCCCGCUCCCCGCCGAGCCGGACGACGCGCCGUGGAAGAGGAACAGUGGCAUCAGGAAGUUAUUCUGGCUGGCGCUGACGUCACGCUCUGAAGGCCGCCGCUCGCCACCUCCGAGGAUCUCUUUCGGCCCUUGGCACUGAUGUGUGGAAUAAAGUUUUCGCAAGCUCUUUGCUGAGUCUGAUAUCACCGUGGGGGGGUUUUCGCGCCGCCCGAUGUCCGCGCACGGCAAGGGCGCCGCGCACGCCGGCCCCGCCUCCGCCCCCGCGUAGACACUCCGACCCGACGACCGCCCGACACACACACACGCCCCAACACUCGCAACACACCCAACACACCACACACAAAACACGCAGACGCUUCUCCGAAAUACGGAGCACAAAACCGGAGCUCGAUCUCCGACAGGAGCUUUUACAACUGAACUUGAGCAAUCGGGACGUCGACAAAUGGCUGGGCAGCAAAUUCGAUGAAAAGGAAGAGGACUACGAAGUCGACUUCAGGUUCGAUCACGACAUCCCGCUUCAGAGAACCAUUUCUUUAGAUCGAGGUAUCGACAUAUUCAAAUACUUGCAAACCCUUUCCGAGUCUUCGAAUAGCAAUAGUGAUUUAGCUGUCUCGUUUUGGACGAUAGGCUCCGACGACGGUUCGGGGCUGAGAGUCGAACAGAACAGAAGUUUCGACGAUAUCCCAGCUUCUCCGGUUAAAGCGAAAAGCAGGCACGUAUCUGUCGAUGUUACGAACUCGAUGUUCGGUAACAGUUUGGCGUUUUCGGUCUUGAAGGAGAGUUACAAAGGGUUAGACGCCGAAGGUGGGCGCGUGACUCCGCAGAUGAGGAAGUUGCAGAAGACGUUUUCGUUCAAAGGUUUCGACGAAAACAAGGAGUCCGCGAAGAAUUCUGCUGAGAAUUUGGCGACAGUUGAGACCGAGGUUGAUUUAGAAGAUGAAGAUGAAAGUAUUGAUAUGAGACAGCCACAUAUUUACAGAAGCAUAUCUUACGACGCUGAUAAUGAAAAAGUUGAUGAAAGCAAAACUCCCAGACAAAGGAGACACGGCGUAACGACAAAUUUGUGGCAAGAAAGUUAUUCUAAAGGAAAAGAAAAUACUUUCUUGCCAACACAAAAUUUGGUUAACUUUAAAAGUUGCGACGAUGUUUUCAUUCAGGAUAAACGAAAGGAGACUCCCGUCUCUGCUAGGCAUCGUAGUUCUGUUGAAGCGGUAGACAAAGUUGUUAAGUUUACGUUUGUCGAGGAUAAACAACUUAAAUAUCGAAGCCAAGCUUUAAGAAACAUGCGUAAACUAAAUAGAAACUUACAUAUGCGGUCAAAAUCUGAAUGCCGUGAACCAAUUCUUCCUACCAUUGUUAUAACUGCAGAUGAUAGUUGUAAUGAGGGCGAUGUUGCCACCGUUGAAAAUGAUAUUAUACUAACGGAAACUUCCAAUUCAGUAGAAAUAGGUAGAAAUUGUGAUUGUAGUAUUUGUAGCGGGAAUGAAGGGGAACAGAAAAUGUCGUUUUUGAGCAGGAACUUGAAUAGAUUGAUUACGAGAAUAGCCUCGUACAAAGAAUACGGCAGAAAGUUGGCGUAUUUCGAUGAAUACACAAAUUUAAAUGAAAAUGAAAUGUAUAGUUGCUUUAUGCAUAUUUUGAAAUUGUUGCUCGGACUUUGGUUGCGUCAUUUAGACCAUAAACAACAUAAUUUGUGUGCUUAGAUGUUACAAGUAAGUUUACUUAUAGUUCUUGAAGUAAAAAAAUCAAAAUGGUGUUCUUUUUUUAAACGUGACUCUGAGCUUUAAUUUUUUUUAACGCCUCCGACUUUUAUUUUUCUUUUUAUUAGAAAAUCAUUAUUAAGAAAACAACUAGCAGUUCUUAUUAUUUUAUAUUUGUUUUUAUAAUCAAACUUUUUCUUAAAAUUUUUACUUUUUGGUUUUGUUGGUUCUUCAAAAUGGUUCUACUAUAUCAAACACAUAGAGACGUGACCAAUAUAUUGUUACAAUGUUAUUAUAAGGCUGUGUAUGUGUGAAACUCAUGUAUGAAGUGUGUGCUAAAGGCAUAUAAUCGAUAGUGUAUAAUGUAGAAUGUAACUUACGGUGUAAGAGUAUUUAUUUUGUUUUGUUAUGAAAUGGUAUGUACUGCAGGAAACCCUUAGUAAAACAAAUCUUAUAUACAGGUGCAUCAACGUAACCUGACUCACGCUCCUGGCACGCGAAGUAACUUUUAAAAUAAUGCAUCAAUGUUUCAACAGAAUCCUUAUUGAAUACAGUAUUAAUUUCUUUAAUACCUUAAAUGUUUUAGUACCAUUGUGUAUUAGGUAUCUGCGUGCCAAGAUCGAUGGCGAGAGGUUAUAGUAAAAUUGGUAUAAGGGAUAGUUUACACCUAUAUAUCAUGCUAUAUAUUAUAUGUGUGUGUACCUAAUUGUCAUUUAGACUUUUAUAAAUGUUAGAAUUGUGUUAAAAAAGGUUCUAGGUAAUAUACUUAACAGCAUGUAUUACGACGUUUGUAAUAUUAUUUAGUAUUGCAAAGAGAACAUCGGUUUAUAAACUAUUAUUUCAUUGUUAACUAUGAUUUAAAAAAUUGAAUUUAAUAGAAAUAGUAUGGAAUACCAAAUUUUAGGUACCCUAAUUGUUUUACUUUACUCUCAUAAAAAGUUCAAGUAAAUAUACGCAUAUAUGCAGUGGUAGAUAAAUCGAUGUUUCUCUCGGUAAUCUGUGACGUUUUUAAAUUUACGUUUAAUGGUAAUGGGCAAUUACUGUGUUAUACGUGCAUAUUAUUAUCGGAGCCGACAAAAUUUCUAUACGAAAUUAUAAUUUUAUUUGCAAAUAUUAUCAUUUCAAUCGUUUAAAAUUCAAAAUUUGUAUUCGUAGAUUUUUGUAGCCAUUUCUCUUCCAAUGCAUGUCUAGAAAGUGUAUAUACGAAAUACGUAAUCA